AUGGCUACGGUAGCACCGCCUGAUUCCGGCGCCAGCUCGUCGGUCCAGGAAAAGACGUCUGGCCCUCUCAAAACGCCGAUCCCGUUCCCCGUGGCGGAGAGUAAGCCCAAGGAGCGGGCGACGCUCACUGCUGACCAGAAAUCAAAAUACGACUGGCUGCUUGAGCAGGUGAAGGGCUGGAAAGAGAUCCCAUCAGAUAAAGGCAAAACUGGCCCUCUCGCCGACAAUGAGAAAAUGUGGCUAACUCGGGAAUGCCUUCUACGUUAUCUCCGUGCCACCAAAUGGCAUCAGAAGGAGGCCGAGAAGCGACUGAAGGAAACUGUGUCUUGGCGGAGAGAUUACGGCGUCGAGGAGCUUACUCCGGAGCACAUUUCACCUGAGAACGAGACUGGCAAACAAGUCAUUCUGGGCUAUGACAAACAAGGCCGAGUGUGCCACUACUUGAACCCGGGCCGCCAGAACACCGAUCCCAGCCCACGACAAGUGCAACAUCUUGUUUUCAUGGUGGAGCGUGUGAUAGAACUCAUGCCAGCUCAGCAGGAGACUUUGGCGUUGCUCAUCAACUUCAAGACUAGCAAAAGCCGCACCAAUACGGCUCCAGGUAUCAGCACUGGUCGCGAGGUCCUCCAUAUCUUGCAGACACAUUACCCGGAGAGACUUGGACGGGCUCUAAUCAUAAAUGUGCCAUGGGUUGUCUGGGGCUUCUUCAAGCUCAUUACACCUUUCAUUGACCCUCUGACUCGUGAAAAGCUCAAAUUUAACGAGGAUAUGCGUCAGUACGUCCCCACUGAGCAGUUGUGGACAGAGUUCCAUGGUGACCUUGAGUUCGAAUAUGAGCACUCUGUUUACUGGCCUGCGCUCCAAAAGCUCUGCCAGGAGCGCCGGGAGGAGAAGAAGAAACGAUGGGAAGCCGGUGGCAAGCAAAUCGGCGAGCACGAGGACUACCUUACCGGUCACGACGAGUUUGGUGUUGCGGGCGCGCCUGCCAAGGUUGAGGAGAAACUUGAGCAGCUGAAAAUCGCCGAUGUCACUCCUGCUGCAGCAAAUUCGGAGUCUGAGGAAGUUAAGUCUGAAGAGACCAAGCCUCAGGAGGUGAAAGCCGAGGAGGCCAAAGCUACUGAGCCUAGUGCGGGGGAUAUACAAGAAACCAAGCCGACUGAAGGAGAUGAGGCACAGAAGUCUGCAUAG